ACGAUACUGUAGCCUACGCGCGCGUGCCCCGCUUCGGUCGUGCGCGCCGCCGUUCCUGCGGAAUUCAGGGAGCUGUGGUCGGACUCUGAAGACUCCCACCCCACCUAGAGAAUAAUGAACAACAAAUUUGAUGCUCUGAAAGAUGAUGACAGUGGGGACCACGACCAGGAUCAAGGCUCACAGAAAGACUGUGAGAAGGAAAAAAAUGACAAUGAUGAGGACAAUGAUCAGAACACUGCCAAGAAGAAGGUGUGUGUGUCGCCCAAAUAUAAUGCUACAAUUGCAGUUCCAGGGGUAGGGGAGCACCCCCUCCAGUAUAACUACUCCUUCUGGUACUCCAGACGCACCCCCGGCCGGCCCGCCAGCACCCAGAGCUACGAGUCCAACAUCAAACAGAUCGGCAGCUUCGCCUCGGUGGAGCAGUUCUGGCGUUUCUACAGUCACAUGAUCCGCCCGGGCGACCUGACGGGCCACAGCGACUUCCACCUUUUCAAGGAAGGUAUCAAACCCAUGUGGGAGGACGAUGCUAAUAAGCUAGGUGGGAAAUGGAUCAUCCGGCUGAGGAAGGGCCUGGCGUCUCGUUGCUGGGAGAAUCUGAUUCUGGCCAUGCUGGGGGAACAGUUCAUGGUGGGGGGGGAGAUCUGUGGCGCUGUGGUGUCUGUACGCUUCCAGGAGGACAUCAUCUCCAUCUGGAACAAGACAGCCAGUGACCAGGCCACCAUUACCCGGAUCAGAGACACUCUACGUAGGGUCCUCAACCUACCCCCCAACACCAUUAUGGAGUACAAGACACACACCGACAGCAUCAAGGCCUGGGAGGACUUCCAUGGUCUGGUGAACGCUGUUGGUGGUCGCUAGUCUCUAAAGCUGUGAGUUUCUGCCAAGGAUUUGUGUGUAGUGUCUUUUGGAUGAAAUCCGGAGGAAUAAUACCUUUAAGGAUCAGUACUGUUUUACAUGGCGACAGCGAGGGAGAGAUAGGGAGAUAAAGAGAGGGGGGACAGUGGCCUUCCUUUCUAUGGCUCAUGGAAUCUACUGUACGGAACACGGAACCAAGCUGUUGGUUGGUUGGAGCUUUUUAUCUGCCUGUCAGUCAGAGAUUAAUGAAACCUCAGUGGAUGUAUUUUUUCAAGUGACACUGUCCCUGAUCUGCCAACAGAGGGAGACUGUGCGACAAGCAUUUGGUGAUUUGGCCAAUGACUGUUGACGGAAUCUUCUUCUAACAGAAUAUUAAACCAAACCCUUCCCAUAAAUAGGUAUAGGCAGUAUAUUCAUCAUUGUGUAGCACAAUCACAGUUCCCUCUGGUAGAGUUUUAAAUGUACAGCAGAGAAAAUGUAUCUGUUUUUUUUAAACUCUGAAACUUAACAGGGUUGCAGGUGGAAGUUAUUUUAUUAUAGUGCAGUAUUUUAACUACAAUGCCUCUAGUCAUUUAAACUAGAAAUAUUAUGGCGUACAAAAAUAUAUUUCUAGAAAAAGCUAUGUCCUUUUGAGAAAAUCUAUUUACUUAACCAGAAAGUUUUCAACCCAAAGGAUGGGGCCCAUCCUAAAGGGGGACCGUGGGUAACGUGAACCGGUCUCUUUAGAAUGGACUGCCUAGCUGCCUAUAUCACUGUGCCUGGCCUCGAGACGGACCCAACCCAGAUGAAACAUUCAAAAUGCCUUUCAAGAUCCCACCGUGAAGACGGACAUAACAAUACAACUGUAACAACAAUGUAACAAUGUUGUAACAAUGUUGUAACAAUGUUAUCCGUGACAACAUCAUCUCUCCAGUGUGGAAUGGUGGUAGCCUGGGUGUCAGUCUGUUUCUGCUCUCUUGCCAACUCCUCAUGCAAAACAGUUUGGCUUGACAAUGAUCAUGGAGUUAGUCAAAAUCACCAACAGAUCUGGGACCAGGCUAGAAUGGUGGCCCUGCUGUGAUAUUUCCCCCGGGUAGAAGGAGUCCCUGAACACUGACCUGGAAUCAGCUCAUCUGACCCCCUCACCAUUUAGUGCCACAGAACAGAAACUGGUCCCAGGCCAGAGCUUGGGCCUCCUUCUAUCUUCUCCCCCCUGAUGAAAUACUGCCCAGGAUUGGUGGGUGGUGCUGGAAAAAGGGUGUCUUGUCAAAUCGAGGAAAGUACUGUCUGAUGGAUAUACACCUGAUGGAUUAUAGCAAUAAAUGUUGAUUAUGCAUCUGCUGCUAA